GUCUCUAGUCAUCGCAAUAGUCUCAUCUAACGAUACAGUCUCGCGUCGCCGGACAAUUGACCCUGGUCAAUAUGGGACAACUCGCUAGUACGCGCUGCAGGGCCGUUACGGCGCAGGACGCCUUAUAUACGCCCUGCCAUGCCGCUUGGUACUUUCACGCGAAGAGACCAUAUAGCGUGAGGACACUGCAAACGUAGACAGUACACAUCGCUUUCCCUCCAAGCAUGGAUCCCGCAGGGCCACCACCAUCGAGCCCGCUACUCCAACAGCGCAAAGAGCCGGCAACCAACACAGUUGAGGAUUCCGAUCAGAGCCAGUCGGAGAAAAGAAGUACUGCAGGUUCCCGAGGAUGCUUCGCGGGUUUCCUGGGUGCUCUACUGGUGAUUCCACGCGGUAUCGCUCGAGGCUGGAACGCGUUCACUAACGCCAUACUGCGGAUAUGGAGAAAGGGCUGGACAGCAGAGACAUGCAGUUGCAUAUUUGCCUUGCUGUCACUGAUUGGACUCAUUGUUACCCUUACGGCGCAUCAAAAUCGUCCUCUACCGGAUUGGCCGCAGAUCGUUAGCAUAAACUCCAUUGUUUCGCUCUUCUCCAUGAUGAUCAGGGCGGGGGUGAGCAUGGUACUUGCUGAAGGAAUCAGUCAAUCGAAAUGGCAAUGGUUCCGUAAAGCACGCAAGCUGGAAGAUAUGGCAAGAUUCGAUUCCGCAAGUCGUGGUGCAUGGGGCUCUGUCCUGUUCAUCUUCGGUCUUCGUAUCAAGAAGCCAUACUUCAUCGCUACAAUGGGUGCCUUCGUCACCGUCAUGUCCGCGUUCACAGGGUUCGCCGCUCAGCAACUCAUCGUCUUUAACGACUGUCUCCGCCCUGAUGAAAGUGCCGCAGUCGGAAUACUCAGAUCCAAUGCUUUCGACAAAAGCGGCGAGAGGAAGACUCCAACAACAGCCGACGAGUACCUCCCUUUGACUGUAGCUAUGGACGUUGGUAUACUCCAACCGCUCGAAGACACAACAAAUCUUCUUUCUUACGGAUGCAAGACCGGCAAUUGCACGUUUCCAGAUGCGAAUGGAGCGGCCUUUUCAACUCUGGGUGUGGGCUACUGGUGUCAAGAUGUCACUUCACAAGUGGUAGAAACGCCGCUCAACUAUGACAGUGAAGUUGAUGAUUAUCUACCACCGGCCUACUUGAAUGGAGCGGAGACCGGCUCCGAGACAAUUAUCAACACUAACAGCACCAACACGUCAAUUCCGCUCGGGUACGACUAUGGUAUACCUCUGAAGAAUGGUACCAAAGUAAGAAACAUUGGACUCUCUCUGAGCAUCUCCGACAACCUUUUUGAUCCCCCCAUAAGGUUCCCACUCGCAGGCUGGCCGGGAAAGCUUGUGACCGACGUCUCGCAACCAGUAUACAAUGGCACCAUAGCUACGAUAGGCAUGAUAUACGUCCCGUACGAUUCCCUUAAAUAUCAGGCAAUGACUUGCGGCAUAUACCCUACCGUCAACACGAUCAAAGCAACCUACCACAACGGCGUCCUCAAAGAAGAGAUAGUCAAGAGUGUACGCAUCGGCGAGGAUUUAGCCUUUGGUGGCACCACUUCCUUCCGUCUAGCCACCAAGCAAACCAUCCGCAAUGGCACAGAAACCACGUGCGACGUGAAGACUUCGGAAACACCUGGCUACUUAGCUAUCGCUAGAGGCAACAUCGACGCUGCUCCCGUCAACACAACUGGCCUGGACUCAGAAGGCCCAGGUGCAGAGCUUGUAUGGUACCCCGAAGACUGCGUCUGGUCCCUGUUCCGUGCGUCCACGUCGGCUAUACAGACUCAUCUCGUGGCUGUCUAUGGCCAGCAAUUUCUCAUGGACAUCAUAUCUUCUCGCUACGGUAACGCCUAUAUGCGUGUCUUGUGGGACAGCGGACAGUUGCCUGAUGCGCCUUUAGAGCAUGUCAGCAGUAUCAUGACAAAUCUGACAAACGCGAUGAACACCGUUCUUCGCACCCACGGCGCGGAGGGAUAUAGCAAACCUGCUGAAGGUACGAUGUGGUAUACGACGACUUGUAUCGAGAUCAACUGGACUUGGAUUACGUUUCCGGCUGUGAUGAUCGCUUUGUCGGCUAUCUUCCUGCUACUAGUGCAUAUUGAGAGUAGGGGUGUGGAGAGUGGAAGAUUGUGGAAGAGUUCGAUACUGGCAACGUUAUUUUGCGAGAUGGAUGAUGUAGUUACGGAAGAAGCUAAGCCAGUGGAAAGACGGCGAUUGGAAGAGGUGGCUGCAAGUAGUAGUGUGAGUUUAGGCAAAGACAACAAUAGUUUGAGGCUGGUUGCUCGACAGGCCUAAUGAGAUUGAGUCGAUCUGUCAUGGA